CGGCAUCUGGUCACUCUGGCGAGAAGAAAGAAAAUAGAAAUCAAAAUAAUGAAGAGAUUUCCAUACGCAAAUCGCAAAAUUAGAGAAUAACAAUUGGAAUUUGCUGGCGCUCGAGUGCCGCGUGUAACGGUAAAACGCUGCGCAAUCGCGGAAAAAUCGCUCGCAGUUCCGCAGUUCGGAAAUUCCGCUGGCAAAUCGAACGCAAAGACAGAGCAGCAGUGGCAAAGCAAACGCAAAAGCAAAGACAAACGCAAAGACAGAAGCAAAAGCAGCGAGGGAUUUUGGAGGCUGCUUUUUUGGGGCGACACUAAAGCAAAAUAAAAGACAACAAAGUCACUAUUGAGACCCCACUGGCGGAGGGCAGGAACUGUGGCCCCAAGAUGAGCUGCAAGGUGCGGCUGAUGGAGGACGGCUCGCUGGACGAGGAGCCGCUGACCCUCAAGGAGAUCGCCUACCAGAAGCUGUGCAACAAUCUGGACAUCAUCAGCAGCCACCGGCCAGAUGGCCAGCGCGGCCUCAAUCCGGGCAUCGUGCUGCCCAACGAGAUCUGCGAUGGCUUCCUCGAGAACUACCAGCGAUUCAAUCGCCCGCUAGACGACAGCGUCAUCCGCCUCUUCGAGGACACACAGCGCACUUCGCUCAAGAUCGUCAAUCUUCGCAACAGCACCCUGAGCAGUAUAGGCUUGGAGACUCUGAUGCGCCACAAACUGUUUGCUUUGUCCUUGUGGUACUGCGACAUGAUAUCCGUGGGUUCCCACCACCUUCUGGCCCACUACGGCGACAGUCUGCGAUCCCUGGAGCUGGGCAUCAGUUCCCAUCUGCUGCAGUACGCGGAGCCCAACGAGAAGGAGCCAGUGGACUUCCAGUUGACCUGUCCGCACCUGCGGCGGCUGGUGCUCAAUGGUGUGGUGAUGCACCACCGCCUGCAGUUCGCCCACCUCCACGACCUGGGCCACCUGGACCUUACCUCCUGCGUGCUGGCCAACUUCAGCCUGGAGGCAUUGGGCUCGCUGCCCAAUCUGCACACGCUCAUCCUGUUCAAUGUGUGGCCCAUCGCCAACCAGCUGCAUGCGAUCUGCUGCCUGAGGCGACUGUGCACACUGGACAUGUCCAUUUCCAGUUCCGGAAAUGGCCACGGCACCUACGAUCUGCCCGAUCAGACGCUGGAGAUGCUGAUGGACAACUUGCGGCAUCUCACACAUUUGGAUAUCUCUGGCACGAAUUUGGCCGGCAACGGUGUGGCCACCAAGGAGUCGACAAGUACCAGUGGCUCGCAGCAGAGCCCCAAAAUGGAGCAGCACUUUGCCCUCACAGACAUCCCGGGGCUAGCGUCCCGCACCCAGCGACCGCUGCAGUUCCUAGGCCUCUAUCACACGGCCCACUGGGCCUGCAAAAGACACGAUAUUCCAGCUUUGGAGGUGGCUGGCGAUGCCAACGAGCAGCAAAUCCUUACUGCGGCGCGCUAUUACCACGACAGACCAGUGCUUCUGACAAGAGUUCUCAACGACUUGUACCAUCUCUUCCGCUUCGAGAACUGCAAGGACAUACACACAGCACUGGAUGUUGUGCUCUCCGCCAUGGAUCGGCAUCUCAAGUUCAAGCACAUGCAAAUCUCCGGCAGUGCCACGCUGUUCUACAUUGUCAAGGGCAGGGACCGAUCCAAGUUUGGAGCACUACUGCGCAAUCACAUCAUUCGCACGCUGCUCAAUGGCAUGGAGAUGCACAUCACCGACGACACAAUGCUGCGGAAUGGUUACCUCACGCUCACCCAGUUUCACAUGCCAGUCGAUGUGCUCUUCGAGUACGAGCGUCUCAUCAAGAUCCUGCUGCACGGCGUUUCCAAGACGGAGCAAGAGGGAUUUGUCCAGCGCAUAGCAAUCUACCUGCUGAACACACUCGCUUGCCAGGUGGAUGGGCGACAGAAGCUCUUCCUGGGCGAGUUGGGCGUAGUUAGUACCAUGUUCACGUUGAUAAAGGAUCGGCUGACUCGCUCCGUCUUCGACGAUGUGAUGGAGGUGGCUUGGUCCACCAUGUGGAACGUAACCGAUGAGACUGCUAUUAAUUGUAAGAGAUUCCUCGAUGGACGUGGCAUGGAGUAUUUCCUUAAGUGUUUACAUACCUUCCCGGAUCGUGACGAGCUGUUGCGCAACAUGAUGGGCCUGCUGGGAAAUGUGGCCGAGGUGAAGUGGCUGCGGCCCAAGCUGAUGACCCAGGAGUUCAUUGAGGUGUUUGCCCGCCUGCUGGACUCCCUGAGCGAUGGCAUCGAGGUGGGUGGUGCUAGUGCGAGUGUGGUGGCGAGAGUGCGGGAGAGAGAGAUGGCCAGUGCUAACCAUGCCUACCUGCGCUUCCAGGUCAGCUACAAUGCGGCUGGAGUGCUGGCGCACAUUGCCUCGGACGGAGCGGAUGCCUGGACGAUCAAGACGCCCAGCCGGGAGCACGUGCUGGAGCGCAUGGUGGCCGCCAUUCAGCGGUGGAACAUCAAGAGCGAGCGGAACAUCAACUACCGCAGCUUUGAGCCGAUCCUCAGCCUGGUGCGCUGCUACGAGACGCCCCAGUGCCAGCAUUGGGCUGUCUGGGCCCUGGCCAAUCUGACACAGGUUUAUCCCGAAAAAUACUGCAAGCUGGUGGAGCAGGAGAACGGCAUCCAGAUCCUCAACGAGCUGAUCGAGCACGAGAGUCCCUACUGCGAGAUCAAGCGCAUCGCCCGCCUGGUCAUAGAGCAGUGCGAGUCGGGAUCGGAUCGCAUGGUCGUCGACAACUAAGCGGAUAUUUAGGAUAGCACGUAGCUUUAGGAUUCGAGUUUGUUGUAAUGUUUUUUUCUGCUUCCUCUGUUUCCCGUUUUAAGGCAAGUGCAAGUGUUAUGUGGUUCAAGAGAUUCUUCCUUGACUUUUAUAUUUUCAGCGAGAGCAGCAGAUACAUAGAUGCAAGUUUAAGCUAUGCGAGAGUUUAGCAACUAAAUCUAAUGAUGCAGAAGCGUGCAGAAUUAUUCGAUAAUUACAUAAUUACUAGAUUAUAUAUGUAUAUGUAUCACAUGUUGUAAGCCAGCGAUCUUUUUAGGCCUUCAGAAGUGUAAAUAUUGUUAAAAUCGGAAAGAGGAAGACAUUGGAGUAGCAAGCAAGGCUGCUGGAGAUUAAAUAAAUCCUUAAGAAUUGAAUUCCCCGUGGAUCGAUAGUUCUUUCUCUAGCCACAUAGAUGAGUGUAUUGAAUCUGUUCCUUGAUUUGUGUUCAUCAUUCGAUGCCCCACCCCACAUUUACUGUGCUUUCGCAUCACGAACCCUAGUAGCUGCAAGUUCGGGAUCGAAUCGUUUAACAUAAUAUAGCUAUAUAAUCUAGACCCCUAGGCUAGGCUUAAACAACUGUAAAUAUUGCAAGUAACAGUUUUGAAAGUUCUGCGCUUGGCAUAAAUAUUUAUAACAGUGUACGUUACCAUUAGUUACCUUAUAUUACGUAUAUAUAUAUAAUUUGAUUCGUAAGCGUCA